UAACAACUUUUGAAAACACACCUGACCUCUGUGAAAUCUUCUCCUUGAUCCUGAUCACUGUAAAAACUGGACAACAAUGAAGCACAAAUCACUUUCAUUAAGACUUUUUGACAGAAAUGCAGCAUUACCAGUUGAGUCUCUGAGCGUACGAGCAGCAAAGUACCGACAACACGAGGACGCUGUGGAUCAGCCGGCAGACAGACCAAGAGAGAUGCACUACCGAGAAAUUCAUUUUGCCUUCCAGCUGGAUGGAUACGAGCCGCUGACAGAGGAUGAAGAGGUGAAAGAAGACAAAAAGAAAAGGAAGAAAGAAAAGUACAAAAAAGUCAAAAAGAAUGUGGGCAAGGUGUUGCGCUCCAGCUGGAAGUGUUUCAUGCUUGGCAUGUACAAUUUUGCCUUCACCUACUCGACUCCAAUCACAGUGGCGGCGGCGUUCAUCCCCGACUAUCAUGUCAAUGGAAGCAGAGGCUGAUUCGAGCCACGUGGAUCGGCCCAGCUGACUGACAGUCCACAGCCUAGUAACCUACAGAGACAGAACUUAGACUUUUCAUGUUUGUCACGUUGGUCACUGGAAAUUGUUUGAGUAACUGCUCCACAUGAGUGACAAUUGAGACGUUUUGAGCCUCAACCAAUAGAGUCAGGCUCUGUGGAAGAAGUAGGGUGUGGUUUUCCAUACUGUGAGAAGUUUUGACUCACUGGGUGCAGUGCUGAGAAAUAUUGGUUUCUCCAUAUGCAAAAGAUAGGGAACCAAACCCUACUUUUUCUGGGUCAAAGAGCGUUUUUAAACUGUCAAACAGUUACAGAUCCUCUUGUUGUCUUUUUGCAGUCUUGUUUUUGCUGCCAACUUUAAGUAUGUUCUUGUUCGAUGACUAAAUCAUAGUGGUUCUUGGUUCAAUCAUGAUGAAUUAUCUUUGAUAGUAAUAACCAGUGUUGGGAGUAAGUAGUUACAUAAUUAAAUGACAAAUGUUUUGUAAUCAGAUACAGUUAAUGAGAAAAAAAUGAAACUACAAUUUUGUGCUAAAAUAUUGGUGAUUACAAAGUGAUUAAUGUUGCAUAUAAUUUAAAAAACAUUUAAAUAAUAAUAGUGAUAUAGCCUUUAUUGUCAUUGUACAUGUACAGUAAAAUUUGUCCUCUGCAUUUAACCCAUCUUAAUUACAGUUAGACACAAUCCAGCCUACGCAGACACGGGGAGAACAUGCAAACUCCACACAGACAGGGUGGGAAGCGAGCCCACAACCUUCUUGCUGUGAGACGACAGUGCUAACCACUAAUCCACCGUGCCGCCAAUCCUUACUCAGUACUCAUUAGGCCUAUGUUGCUUUAUAGCUUUGUGUUGCAGGUGUGUCAUGUUCCUGAAAACGUGGAUCACUAAAAGCUGAUCAGUCAAAUCUGAUAAUUUUUUUUUUAUUGAAUGCCCCCCCCCCCCCCCCCCCCCAAGAUUCUGUCUGCUGAGCAGCCUUUGUCUGCAUUUCCAAUUUACCAGCUUUUAUUACAUUUUGUGACUUUUUGAUGUGUCCUAGCAACUACAAAUCCUGUCUUGUGACAAAUAUGGCAACGUUUAUCAUACUGUAACCAGUACAAUCUGUAACAGUGGGAAUGUCUGGAAUGAAACAGAAGAGAUGAACACUGGGAGAUGCAGGGGAGGAGCACAUGGGCUUGGCAGGAUUUUGAGACUUGUUUGUGUCAUUCCCAUUUUAUGUGCAUGUAUACAUAUCCGGGGGGGGGGGGAGAUCUAACUUUUUCAAUCAAGGUUUGGCAGUCAUCAUUGUUAAGAAGUCUACAGUACCAGGUGUAAAUUUAUAUUUUUAAGAUUUUGCAGCUUUGUUAGAAACAUAAAGGGAAUAAGUUACAUUACUCUGAUUAAGUAAUUAAAAUGGUUACAUCACUUAAUAUAUUUUACACAGUAAUAACCUGUAAUCUAUCAUGUUUCAGAACUAGCCUUCCUUGGAUCAUUAUUCCGAAGGUCCCCAAAGAAGGCCAGUUAGCCAGAAAAGUGUUCCAAAUAGCAGCGACUCCUUUCUGUUCUCUAUUCUUCCUCGGAAGUUGAAGGUUUCUCCUCGACAUGUCCUCAUUCAGCUUCUGGCCUGACAGAGGGGACGCCGGGCGUCCGCCUGCACGCUCCUCUGCCUCUCAGGGGCUUCUCAGUCGGGCAUUACGCCAUCUCCACAUCCAGCCUGAUGGCCCUUUGGCAUAUUGAAUAGUCACCCUUUUGCUGAUUUCUACCAAACUUGCUCUCCAAGUAUCAAAAACUUGAUUUGGACCAAAUGUAACACAUGCAUAGGUGGAUUCCAGAACUGCCCUGGCAAGGUCAGCCGUGUAGGUCAGGUGGUACUUAAGGCCGGGUUGAGAACUGCUGCUGUAGCAGAUUAUUAUAAUUUUGUGUCGUGAUUGCAAGUUGAAGUCAGUUUUUAUGUAAGAUGGCUCUGAUCGAAUGUAGAGAGUUUGGCAGGCUGUAAGUGUAGUUUUGGCGUGUGAAUAAAUGUACAC